AUUUCUUCUUACAUUGUGUUAUUGUGUAUGAUAUAAUGUUCUAUGAUGUUUAGAUUUGAUAUUAGUUGCAACCCCCCUCCCCUUAAUGUUGUAUGGAAAUGAAUGUUGCCCCUCUAAAGCCAAUAUCCACGAGAUGAGUGAUCGUAGAGAUGCAAAUGUUAGGAUGAAUAUGCGGUGUUACAAGAUUAGACAAGAUAAGAAAUGAUCAUAUUUGUUAGAAGAUGUAAGUAGCUCACAUAGAGGAUAGAAUGAGGUAGACCUAAAUUUACGAGGAAUGAAGUUAUCUCGUAAGAUCUAGCAAAAGAUAGAACACGAGGAAAAUUGAAAACUAGUGUGCUUAUGGAAGACUGAUCUUCGUAAUGUUAAAGAUAUAACCACUAAAGUGUAUUAGUGAAACCUCUAGUAGUGUUAGAUUAUCUUUUGAUACAGAGUAUUGAGAAUUCACAUUGCUGAUCCCAACUAUAGCCAGGGAUUGAGAUAUGAACUUGUGCUUUAAUUUCAUGAUUCGCAAACUAAAACUUGAUUCUGUUGUUUGUUUACAGUUUAACUAGCUACACAUGCGUACAUCCAAAGAAACGUUUAAGGAAAUACUAAUUUCCGCUGGCAUUAAAGGAAGCAGACAAUCUUCAAGUUCUAAUAAAGAAGGAGAGUCUACUAAACAGAAGGCCAAAAUUCUCCAUCCUCCCAUAGAAACUUUUUGGCAUUUACCUCCAACAAAAGAGCACAAGAGGUCUAUCAAAUCAAGAACCGCGAAAACCAUAAUGUCUUUGCCAUUUAAGAGAAAGAGCAAAGAUUUGCAAACAAUUCUUGGAGGAUCACAUGAUCCUAAGGAUGAACAAAUUGUUGAUUCAUUUCGUGAGUUGCUUUUUCUUGAGGGUCAGCAGAUAGAUAAAAACAAUGACUACCAUACACUUUUAAGAUUUCUUAGAAUGAGGGAUUAUGAUCUUCCAAAAUCAAAGAACAUGUAUUUGAACUAUUUGAAGUGGCGAGAGGAGUUUCAUGUGGAUGAAAUUUCCAAGGAAUUCAAGUUUGAGGAAUUCAAUGAGGUUAAACAGUGUUAUCCUCAUGGAUUUCACGGAGUAGAUAGAUAUGGUCGACCAAUUUACAUUGAAAGAAUUGGAAUGGUAAAUCUCACUAGGCUACUUGAAGUAACUACUAUUGAGAGAUUUGUGAAAUAUCAUGUGUCUGAACAAGAGAAAACAUUGAACUGGAGAUUCCCUGCAUGUUCACUUGCUGCAAAGAAACAUAUAGCUUCCACCGUCAGCAUAGUGGAUGUGAAGGAUGUGGGAGUUUCAAGUUUUUCGAAGCCUGCAAGGCUUCUCUUUCUGGAAAUUCAGAAGAUAGACAGUCACUAUUAUCCAGAGACGUUGCAUCGCCUUUUUAUCAUUAAUGCUGGAUCUGGUUUCAAAGUUCUGUGGAAAGCAAUCAAGGCAUUUCUUGAUCAACGCACCCUAGCAAAGAUUCAAGUGCUCGGGAGCAACUACACGAAGGCCUUACUAGAAGUUAUUGAUCCAAGUAAUCUUCCAACUUUCCUCGGUGGCAACUGCACAUGUUCCGACUAUGGAGGCUGCCUCUUUAGCGAUAAAGGACCGUGGAAUGACCCUUCAGUUACAACUAUACUUCAGGCAAUGCUUGAAGCCGAAGAGGAGAAAAUCGAUGAUGAACAGAAUUGUUCUGCCUCAAAAGAUUCCUUUGGUGGUGUUACUGCAGAUAAUGUAAGUAUUAAGGAUGUCUAUGAUGUGACUCCAUCAAGAGAUGAUACUUUUGGACAGCCAGUUCUACAGAAGAUCCUAACACUUCAAAGUGUUGUCAAUGACACAAAAUCAAAAAUCCAGGCAUUGGUAGCUGCUCUUAAGGACACAACAUCGGUGAUAGAAGGACUUGGACAACCAAUUGAAGAGCUGAAAAAACAAAUAUUAGUAUCAAAGUCAAGAGCAUGAGUUACCAAAUGAAGAAUUUCAAUCUUUUUUUUUGAAGUUUCUUGCUGUUGUCAAUUGAUUUUAAAUAAAAAAGAGUAACUAUGUUAAAUAAGGCAACCUGUUUA